AUGGAUAAGUUCCUGGUCGUAUCCUGUGUACUUUUCGUCUGCCUGCACGCGUUCCUUCCGCCCUGUGAAGGACUCGCCGGCGCGAGUGCUAAUCGAGGAUACGUAUUCACCGCGCCGAGGAGAUUCUUGGCCGGCGAGACCGAGAGCGGCUGUUUAUCUCUGCACAACCUCGAGCCUCCGGCACACGUUGUUUUGGAGUUGCUGUCGACCACGAAGGACGAGGUGUUGGCUAGCACGAGCAAUGUCAUCAAGACAGGGAUAGAAACGUGUCUGGAACUGGCGGUACCACGGACGGAGAGCUUCAAAGCACGAUUGCGAUUGAAGAUCACGUUUGAUAAGUAUCCCGAUUAUGUCGUGGACACGGAGAAGGAAGUUUACAUCGAGCACGAUUCGUUAAUCACGUUCGUGGAGACAGAUAAACCGGUCUACAAGCCAGGGCAAGAUGUGAAUAUUAGGAUCCUCAUGUUAAAGCACGAUUUGAAACCUUGGAAGAAAACGAUAUCGAAAGUAUGGAUCGAGAAUCCAUCCGAAAUACGUGUAGUACAAUGGACCAACGUCAGUACCGAAAACGGAAUGGUGCAAUUGAAGUUCCCCCUAUCUCCAGAACCGAGUCCGGGUACCUGGAAAGUCAAGGUGGAGAAGAACAAGUCGCAACCGCAACUAGGUCAUACGACCACGUUCGAAGUGAAGAAAUACGUCCUCCCGCGAUUUCAAGUGACCAUAACUUCACCGGGAUAUAUUCUCGCGGACGCGGAGAACGUUACUUGGAACAUAUGCGCCAAGUACAGUUACGGUAAACCGGUAAAAGGUACUUUGCUCUUGAAAUCCACGCCCCAAACACCGAUGUGGAGACGGAAGUCGAAUCUCCCGGAAAUACAUUACGAAACCGAACUGGAUUCGCCGGACGGUUGCACAGAAUUUGUGCUAUCGGGCGCGGUGCUUGGAUUGGCUCAUUGGAAAGUGGCACCGAACAACAUCGUCCUCAUAGCAAAUUUCACCGAGGCUGGUACCGGUACAGUAGAAACUACAACCAGUCGCACCGUGGUCGUGCAUCAGGCCCUGAAACUCGAGUUUCUGCCAUACACACCUAAAUACUUCAAAUUGGGUCUUCCAUAUCAUGGAAAGUUACGCGUCUCGCGACACGAUGACACCCCAGCACCGCAUGAGAAGAUUCAGCUUUGCCUGCGAGUGCGCGGCAAGGAUGAGUGGCUUCGCGUAGUAGUCGAAUGUCGUAACUUCACGUCCUCAUCCGACGGCUUCGUUGACUUCAUCGUACCAUUGUCGCAUCGGAAUAUCGUUCUGUUGAGUUUUGUUGCCACGGGUGUCGACUAUCCCACGAAGUACUACUCACCGGAUACGCGUUGGCGAGUUUUUAUGGAUCAACCGUCGGCACACAUCGACGUGAGCCCUUGGUACUCGCCGUCAGACAGUUACCUGGCGGUAUCCCGAGGUUAUCAACCGAUCGUCUGCGGGGAGAAAUAUUCCUUCAAUGUUAUGUACACGGUGCCGGCGAAGAGUAAGACCAACGAAUCUAUCUCCUUCCAUUACUCGAUCAAUUCCAAGGGAGACCUGUUAAUUUACGGCCACGUGAAACACCGGCCGACCAGAGACACUGUUUUGAAUUAUUCGGAAUUCCGGAACUUACUGGGCGCCGUCGAGACGCCGGGAAACAAAACCAGUCAGGACACCAUCGUUCACAGAUUCCCCCUGAGCGUCAAGAUCACCCCGUCUAUGGCACCCGUCUCAGAACUGCUGCUCUACUACGUUCGUGCGGACGGCGAGAUUGUCGCAACUACGUACUCAAUCAAGGUGGGGCAUUGUUUCGAGAAUAAGGUGAAGUCCGCCUGGCACACCGACGCCCAGAUUCCGGGAACGGCCACCUUGUAUCACGUGGAAGCCGCCCCGUGGUCUCUUUGCGGUAUCUCGGCAGUCGACAAGUCUACUCGCUUCUUGGGGGGAUCCAAGUCGAAUUUAAUUGAUGCGGAACGGAGCUUUGAGCAACUAAAGAGAUUUCACAUCGAGCCGGAGACGCGCCCUAUUUGGACGUGGACCCACUGCAAAGCAACGAUGCAGCAUGAGAGCAAUACCGAAGAGAUAGACCACCUGCCGAUCCCCGCUUUGAGAGAAUUGCCUAUGUGGAUGCGCAUGAGGAACAGAAGGACCACGAUCCGCGACUGGAAGAGUCACGGGGACGUGAAUUACGUGGACGCCAUACAAGCGUUCGAUGAUUUUGGAGCUGUCGUGAUGAGCGAUUUAAUACUCGAAACACGACCUUGCCCCCAACUUUACACUGAUUUCGUGCAAACGAGAGAUUUUAUGGGUGUCCAUCCGUUUGUUCUCCAUGCUGGCCUAGAUCAGGAACCUGCAACAAUAGUUAACAAGGCAAUGAGAACCCUUCCCAUGGCGGUUCCGUUGCUUAACUUGAGCCCCGACCAGAGCUACGUGGAUUCGGUACCCGAUCAACCUGUGACUCUCAGGUCUUAUUUCCCUGAAACUUGGCUGUGGGAAUUAGUGCCGACCGGAAAAGAAGGCAAAGUGACUAUUGAGCGUACUCUGCCCGACACCAUCACCGAUUGGGUCGGAUACACCACAUGUAUCUCGCCUACACAUGGCCUCGGGAUAGCUCCGCCGACAACUAUCACGGGCUUCCAACCAUUCUUCCUCGAUUACAGCCUCCCGUAUAGCGUGAAACGCGGCGAAUUGUUGCGCAUGAAAGUCUCCCUCUUCAAUUAUAUGCAGCACAGUCUACCGGUAAAAAUUAAGCUAGAGGACGCAACGGGGCUCGACUUGCAUCUGUCGCACGCUGUCGCUUCGUUCUGCGUGAAACCUCGCGACAGCGUAGUGCACGAAUACAUCCUCAGACCGCGAGUUCUCGGUGACGUUAACAUCACAGUCUCCGCCUCGAUCGAUUCGGAAUAUGCCGAACCGUGCGGCCCGGAAGUGAUUCUGUUUACACGAGACGUGAUCGUGAAGCCGAUACUCGUGUUACCGGAGGGUUUCCCCGUAGAAACGACCAAGUCGGCGUUCAUCUGCCCGAAGGAUUUCAGCGACGAUUCCACCAUCAUCUGGGAUCUCGAUUUACCUCAGGACCUGGUGCCCGAGAGUGCCAGAGCGUAUGUAUCCUUGAUAGGAGACAUUUUAGGACCCGCCCUCGAGAAUUUGGAUAGUCUCGUUCGUUUGCCGCUUGGUUGCGGCGAGCAGAAUAUGAUUCUCUUUGUCCCUAAUAUUCACGUGAUUGGUUACUUGGAUGCAACCGGUGUGGAGAAUCCAGAGCUAAGAGCGAAGGCGGUGAAGAACAUGGAGAAAGGAUACCAGCGUGAAUUGACAUACAGACAUCCGGAUGGUUCGUAUUCCGCGUUCGGCCCGGAAAAUUCGGAGAGUUCGAUCUGGCUCACCGCGUUUGUGAUAAAAUCCUUCGCCCAAGCUAGGAGUAUAAUUCACAUCGACGAACGGGAUCUGAAGAUUUCUGUCAAGUGGAUGAUGAAGAAGCAGUUGGAAAACGGAUGCUUCCCGGUGAUAGGCAGAGUAUUCCAUAAAGACAUGAAGGGCGGUUUACAAGACGACGAAGGUUCCUCCACGGCGUUGACAGCGUAUAUAUUAAUCUCCCUUUUAAAAUCGGGUGUGUCGUUGACGCCGUCUCUCGUGAACAACGCUCUACAUUGUCUGGAAAAGGGCAUGGCGAACGGUGGCGAUACAACGUACACGGCGGCUUUGUCCACCUACGCUCUCGCGCUGUUGGAACACCCACGAGCGAACGACAGCCUUAAGUCGCUCAUGGAUCGCGCGACGCGAAACCACGACCUCCUCUGGUGGGAAGACAAGUACAAACCCUCCCUGGGACUCAGCAUCGAGAUGACAGCGUACGCCGUGCUGUCGUUUGUGAAGCUCGGCGGCGAAGCGAACAUGGUUGAAGCGUUGAAGGCGGUCCGCUGGAUGUCGAAGCAACGAAAUGCGGAGGGCGGCUUCACAUCCACCCAGGACACCGUUCUUGGCCUCGAAGCGCUCACCAAGUACGCCGCCGCUAUGUCGAGCAACAGUACGGACCUAUCGGUGCUCGUGACGGCCGGCGACAUCGAUCAGGUGUACAGGAUGCAUAACGAUAACCGCAUGGUUCUCACGCAGAUACGCCUGCCCAUAUUACCCACGACUGUCGAAAUCUUCGCCGAAGGCGAGGGCUGCGUCUUAGUGCAGAGCAACAUAAAAUAUAACGUCAUACACGCAACCGGCUCCGAAGCUUUCGAUCUCUCGGUCGGCGCCACCUCGGUGCUGGCGUCGGUGGACGAAUGCUCGAUGCAGAAGAUCACGAUAUGUACGCGAUACAAAAUGGCAGAUGGGGAGAGUAACAUGGCACUGCUGGAAAUCGGCAUGAUAAGCGGAUACGUUCCAGACCGCGCGAGUCUUCACUCUCUAUUAGAAGACCCGGCUACGAAGGUAAAGCGUUUCGAAGAGGAUCGCGGCGUCGUUAGUAUUUACUUCGACAAGUUGAUCAGCCAGAAGACUUGCAUAUCGCUCAUAGUUACCAGAGAGAAUAUCGUUGACAGACUCGAGCCAGCGAAUGUAAAACUCUAUGAUUACUAUCAGCAGGAGCUGUCGAUAUCUAGCGGCUACAGCUUCGCGCCGACUUGUAGUAGUGCCAACCCAAGCGAAGAGCCAGAGAUUCCCAAUCCAGUGCCCGUGGAGGUGGAGCAACCGGCGAAAGAUAACGCAAAGAAUAUUAACAUAGGCGAAGACGAAGUAAUCGAGAAAGCGGCCAAGAGCGGCAUGGGCAAGGAAAUCCCGAACGCGAAGAACGGAAUAGUGGAGGAGAUCGCCAGCCAGAAACCGCCGACGCCUCAGGAAGACCUGGUCGAGCAACUUCGCGACAAGGUGACGUCGGUGGCCAAGCCGACACUAAUAACUGGCAUACAGUCGAAGUACGAGAACGUUCCUCUGGUAGAGAACUCGAAUCUCAAGAUAAAUACGGACGAUAUCGCUAGCGUGGCGAAUGUUCGCACGGCCAGCAACAACGGCAUCGUACCUGGUAACAUAGAUGUUCCACAGAUGGAAAUCGGGAGCGGCCAAACGCCGGACGAGCCGGACAUCAACCUGAAUCCCGUCUUCGACAGACUAGAACCUCCAAGUGUGAAUCUCGAGGACAUAGAGGGACCGUCGGCUUUCAAUAAGCAGGAUCAAGAUGUUGAUUUCGACGGGAAUCCCAAUUUCGUCGUGGUUGAUCACGAAUUAGCGACUCCCGACGGCAUCGAAGGACCCACGCCAGUCUAUGUGAAGCCCGACAUGGUGAAUAUCGACGAUGAAUCACUGCUGGACAUGAUCAAUCGCAACGUUUCGGCGGAGGAAAUGGAUCCGAACAAAACUCCUUCAGAAUCAUCGCCGUCAGCACUCGCUUCGAACGGAUCUUGUCCUGUAUGUGGUGACGAGUUACCAAUGGACAUCAACGAGUUUUAUUGUUCCGCUAAUAGCGUCGUGAAAGCGGCGAUCAGACGAUUACGAAAGGCGAGAUUUCUGUUAGAUAUACCACCAUCGCAGCCAGUUAAACGUCUUCGUUCGACAAUUGCCUUUGUUUUAGAUCCCGAUUGUUUGUGUCCGCCUUUGGAUAAGCCUGGAAGUCUGGCGCUAAUGAUGCAUCACGCGGACAGCGAGUUCGGCAAACGUUCGCACAGUCAGUACGUCUUGGACGAGUGGGUCUCCAUAUACGGAUUACAACCCGUCGGUGGUGUUCCACGGGAGAUAAUGGAUGCUCGAUUAACGUGUACAAAAUAAGACGGACCUUCCGAUCCUUCUACGUUUGACUGAUCGUCGGCGGCGUGCCGAGAACACGUUUUAUUACGCAUACUGUCUCCGAUGAAGCUUGGUUCGCGAAAAGCCAGUCGAGUCACGUCGAGAGGAGAGAGAAAGAUCAGCUGCGAAUUUACCGAGUCGUGAGAAAAGUCAUCGUUACAAUUCGAUCCACGUGUUACGGGACGUCCGUGAUAAUUCGACAGCAGACUUCACGCAAGGUACUCUAAUUCAUUUCGAGCGUGCGCCUCUUAAAUUCAUAUCGUGCCGAUUUAUCCUUGCCGCAAAAUUCCGUCUUAAUUACAAGUUAGCUGCGUUGCAAACUCCGCAUUAUCGAGACACGGUAUCCUAAGUAGGAUAUCAUUUUUACAAUAAAAGUUAUCGAACGCGUUAUCGUAAUUCGUAACUGUGAAUAGAGCGAACGAUCAACGAGUUGAAUAAACUGUAAAUAAAGAACAGUGAUUUACGACACAAUAACUGGGUAAUUCAAUGGAUCCAUAAGAUGAAAUCUUAAAUCUGACAAACAUUCGAUAGAAUUCGAUGUCGGAUUCGUUUGUUCUUUUUUUUUUUAUCGCAGCACUGUCAUCCAGUCAUUUAAGUCAAUUUUUGUUACUUUUCUUGACAAGUCGCUAAAAAAUUCACCAUUGUCCAAAAUGGGUCUCUAUAUAGUCAUUUUUUUGAGCUGUCGUUAAAUUGGUAAAUUAUGACAUUCUAUAUAUGUAUUAAGUGUACAAAUUAAUUCCUUGCUUUCUUUGCAAAAUUCAAAAUUGAUUUAUAAAAGUACAAGAAAGACUUUAAUCAAUAAAAUAAUCUCCUUCAUUUUCGAUGACCUUAAGCCAUUUAUCGGGCAGCUGACGAAUCUCACUACGAUAGAAACGUGACGGUUUUGAGUCGAUGAAAUCAUCAAUAUUUUUUCGGACAUUUUCCAAUGUUUUGAGGUGAAAUACCAGUCGAAUGAUGGAGCAAUUGAAACAAGUGGUAAAGGAGCCAUAUCUGGUGAAUACGUUGCAUGCGAGAAAGUUUCCCAACCCAAAUCAAAGAUGACUUUCUGAGUCCCUUUUGCAACGUACGGCCGAGCGUCGUCACGCUGCAAAAUGACUUUUCGAUUUUCCUUUACCAGUAAAAGGUCUCUUUGCUCCAAUUCAUCGCUUAAUUUGAUAAGCUAUUGCUGAUAUGUUUUUAAUUCGUACUAUAAAAAGAAUUUUUUUUUUUUUAUAUGUUAAGUUAUUCAAAGAUAAACCCCUGGAAAGGUAAGAAUAAAUGUUACUUUCUUGCUUAAAUGGCUUAGUCACUCUCAGAAUUUGACAAAAAGUCUUCACUUUUCUUUGGUUAUUAAUUUGAUGUCUAAGAGGACAUUUUUUUGUCAGCUUUUCUGCCAAGAAGCAGUGAUUAUUCCACUUUUUUUGUUUCGGUGAUGGCAACGCUGGAGUCGUGAAGAGAGAAACGAAGGAACGGACGAAGAGAAGCGAGAGCGACCUUCAGUUUCAGACAAACCGUCUUAUCUUUAUUUGUUGUCCACGUUUGAUCGCACUGUAAUAGUUAUUACAAAUUAACAAUCACCUGUCGAGUUCUCGCUACAUUAAAUAGUAUUUUAUUACAGUGUAUGUACGAUUAUUUAUUUAAUAUGACUUCAAUCCACGAUAUUAUAUUGUCCAUUUGACAUUUAAUGUCGAUCGGAUCGGAUAUGCUUCUGAGGACGAGAAGAUACCUCUAAGUCUCUAACGAAUUCACACAUUCGUCGUUCAUCACCAACAUCGUCAUUCUCGGUUUACACACUUAGAAAGACGAUAUUACUAUUAAAUAUCAAAUGGAGAGAUUCUCUCUGGAAGUAUCGUUAUUUAUUCACGCUUGUAUACAGAUAAAUGCUUGAAAUAAAUAAACGUAUAUAUACUAUAUAGAGCUCAUUAUACACUAUGCGUCGCGCCGUUUCGUAGGAGAGAAAUACAGCUUAAGAACUUAGCUACUUAGUUUUUGAGGAAUGAAAGGAACAGAUGAGAAUGUGCAGAAGUUGGCAGUAGAAUAAUCGGUCGCUUCGCCGUCAUUCAUCUAUCGCGAUAUGCCGAAUAAUUGAUUCGUGGCUCCGACUGCGCACGCCCAAAAAGACAGAGAUAGGCAGUGAUUAGAGUACACACCGGCGGUGAGCAAAGAACUGCACUGGCAACAAUAACGGCUCUGAACGCAAAGAACGCGUGUAUAAAAAGGAUACAUGGUUUACAUGCGCGUAUUUAUAGAUACAUGUAUAUAUAUAUAUAUAUAUAUAAAAAGAAAAAAGUCGAUAUAAAAAAAAGAUUCUGAAACAACGUGACACGUGACGCCUAAUUACUCGACAAUUAAUUCGCGCUCUCUCGUCGCUCGCUCUCGAGGUUCCCUCUUGCCCGAGACAGGAAUGAAUGUAAGACCCGUAAGCAAUGACGACCGCAGUAGAAAUACAUCACCUUAACGAAGGCGAUACGAUUACGUUCAAUUAACAUUUAAACAUUUUUUUUUUUCGACAUUGAGAGAAACGUCGCGAGUACAACUCUAUUAUUAGUAUAUGUACCAUCUUUUUUUCGUUUUUUCUUCUGUGAAUCGUAACUCGACAGUAACUCUUUCUCUCUCGCUUUCCCUCGACAUUGGAAAAUACACUACUGGAGAACGGUAGCCAUCUCGAGGUUAAACGCGUGCGUGCGUGUGCAAUCACGUGUAGAAUCACUAAGGAAACAAAAGGAAAAGUGAAGCGGAACUGGCAUACUCGCGCUCGUAGAAUCGUGAAGAAUAAGAAGAAAGAGCAGGCAAACGUGGAAAAAAAUGGAAACACGCAUAUAAAAUGUAGGAUACUUGUGUAAUGAGAAUUCAGUAUGCGGCUCAUGAUUGAAUCGUAUCUCGAGGAUAUGCACAAGCUCGAUAUUAAAUUGCGUAUGACUUUCUCUCGCGGUGGAGCACCCGUGGCAGAAACAUCAUCUGCCGUCAUCAGAUGCCGUGGUUCGAUUACAGACUAAGUGCGCGCGAUAACGGUGGCAAUUAGAGAGAGAGAUUCGUUUUGCGGCAAGCGCGUUCUGCGCAUUAAGCGGGGGGGGGGGG